GCACCGCGCCCGUCGCUGCGCCGCCGACGGUCGCGCAGCCCUCCCACGGCCUCGAGCUGGGCGCUUGCAUGCUGCAGAUGCGCACGGCGCCGGGCGCGCGCCUCUGCCUGCGCGGGCAGGACCUCGAGAUCUCGGCGCGCGUGCCGCUGCUGCUCGAGCAUGGCCAUGCACUGCUGGCCGCUCACUGUGCGCCCGAGAUCCGCGGGCCGCUCGGGCUGUCCCUCGGCGUCCUCAGCAAGUACCUGCGCGACCCGACCCUCUCGGUCAAGGCGUCCCUCUGCGCCACUGUCCUCUCGGAUGGUGAGGAGGGCGGCGCCUUCUCGAUCCACGCCGCGUCGCGCGACCAGCCGCAGCGGCGCUCCUCGUGCGACGGGGGGGCGGAGGGGGGCGGCGGCUCGGACGAGGAGGAGGACCUCGACGCGCCGACGCCCUGCCUCGAGUUUGAGUCGGAGGUCCGCAUCCUCGACCUGGUCGCGGACAUGGGCGAUCUCGUCAAGGCCUUCUCCGCCUCGGGGAUGGGGACGAUCUCGCCCUCGCCGAUGAUGCUCUCCUCCUCCCUCUCGUUUGCGCGCUCGUCCCCCUCCAUGGCGCGCAAGGCGCCGCCGUCGGCGCCCUCGUCGCUCGCGACGUCGGCUGCCAACUCGGCGCCGUCCUCCGUGUCGGCGUCGCCGAUGCUGGCGCGCGACAGGUAGUCCCCCCCCCCCCCCCCCCUUUUUGGGCGGAGAGGAGGGCUGUCGUGUGCCUGUGCUCCUGUGCUCCUGUGGGCGCUCUGGUGAGCAGGAGCUACUCUCGCGGCCUCUCGCGCGGUCCCAUUAGAGGAGGUGAGUGCGCUGAUCGAUGCUCUGUCGGCUCUGACUCGUGUGGGUUUGAGCUUGUCUCGCGUGUGUUGCGAGGUGUGAUGCGGUCCUCUUUGCCUUGUGUCCACUAAGAUACGCAGUGUAAAGACCUCG